UUUUCAUUUAUCUUGAGAUUUCUGUUUCAAGAAGAAGAAGAAGAAGAAGAAGUAUAUAUGAAGAGAGAUGGCGAUGGCGAUGGCGAUGGCGAUGGGUGGGAAGAAGAGAGACGGAGGAAUGAAAUGUUGGAAUUGAUUCUUAAACCGGCGAUGCGUUCAGGUUACAGCAGGGAGAGGGAAUCGCAAACGAUUGUUUCUGCUCUCACUCGUGUUCUAUCUGGAUCUGGAGUAGUAGAACAAGAACAAGAACAAGAAGAAACAGCGCCCAUGGAUCAAGACGUGGCCGCCGCCGCCGCUGCCAAUGGCGCCGGUGGCGGUGGUGGUUCUGUAUCUUCAACAUCUGGAUUCCCUUUUGAGGAAGGUAAUUAUUAUUCAUAUGAAGGAGAAGGACCGCCACCUUGUUCUUCUUCUGGAGGAAAAACAGAGACAAGAAGAAGAAAAUACAGAGGAGUGAGACAACGGCCAUGGGGGAAAUAUGCAGCUGAAAUAAGAGAUCCAAUUAAAGCUUCCAGAGUUUGGCUCGGUACUUUCGAAACGGCGGAGGCCGCCGCCAGAGCUUAUGAUCAAGCAGCAUUAGGUUUCAGGGGAAACAAAGCUAAACUCAACUUCCCGGAAAAUGUCAGAUUCGUCAUCCCCCCUUCUUCUUCUUCUUCUUCUCCGGCAGUUCAGGCGGCACCGUCUCAAUCGUAUGUUGAUCACACGAUGAUGGAGAGAAGUACAACACGUAAUCAGCAGCAGCAGCAGCAGCCUCCUAAGAGUUUGUUGGAUCAGGUAUUGACGUCGACAUCGUCUUCUUCUUCUUCUUCAGCGUUUGUUGGUCAACAUAUGAUUCCGUCGUCGUCGCAACAGAACAUGGACGUUCCCCUGCUUUUCCCGGUUCAGACGGAUGAAGUUGAUGCCGCCGCCGCCGCCGCCGAUGAUUUUCUCAAUUCGAUGUGGUAUCAUCAUCGGCGAAUCGGCGUCGUAAAAUCUCAAUCGCCGUCGCCGGAGUAACUCUCGACCAAUCGCCCUAUAACUACAAAGCUAAACUCGAAGGGAAGGAUUUUGUUUUCCUCUAUCAGAUAUUAUCC